GUUGCCGUGACGUCACGAGUACGCAAGCGCAGUGAUUUUUUUCGUUUUCACAACUUGCAUUGUAGUCGCCAUAUUUGAUACCAAGGGGGAAGUAUGUGCAAAUACUGCGUGGGAAAUUGCAGAUUUCUUCGCGUGAAAAGGAGCAACAAAGCAGCAUAAAUACUACGAGUAUACACCUAACGAUCUCUAGAACACACCAGUACCGUUUGUAUAUGCGGUCAGAACUUUUAACUAGGCGAAAUGGCUCUUGAAAGCCUGUUUGAAAAUCCCCCACCCCUAGUGAACGGUGAUGUAAACAAAGAAACAGAACAGGGCGAGAAAGAAAGGCAUGAGGCUGUAGCUGGAGAACUAACAAGUACAGAAGUUGAAGACGGAGAAGAAAAUGAUGGGGAUGAUGAAGAGGAUAAAGAAGAAGGUGAACUUGAGGAUGGUGAACUUGAAGAUUCUGGCGGGGAAGAAGAGGAGGUGAAUGGAGAUGAAACUGGGCAGGAACAGGAAGAAGAGAAAGUAUGCGAGGGAGAACCAAUGGCGGAGGAGAAAGCAAAAGUAUUCGAUGAAAAAGAAGACAUAGAGGAAAAUGAAGUCAUCAAAGGAAACGAUGAUGAUACGGAUGACGAGGAAGACUUGGAAGAUAAGGAAAGAAGAGCAAGACUAAAAGAGAAAGAAGAAAGGCAUAGGAGAAAAAAGAAAAAGCGAAGACGAGAAAAGGAAAAAGAAAGAGAUGCUAGAAGGAAGCGAAAGAAGAGGAGGCGGCAUCGGAGUGAGUCUCCACCAUCAAGAAGUCCUUCAUAUUCAGACUAUAGUGAUUCAUUUGAUGAAAACGACCCUUAUGACAGACCCUUUGAUAGAUCUUACUCGCAUGGUGGCUACAAUAUGUAUCAUCAAUCUAAUUACGCUGUUCCACCUGGAGCACAAUAUAACAAUGAUUGGGAGAACAACUCUAAUAAUGGAGAAAUGGAGCAUGAUGGUGAACACCAUAGUCCAAGACAUUUCAUCAGAGGAAGGGGUAGGGGGUUCCAUGGGCGUGGUAGAGGUAGAGGUCGUGGUGGAAUUGGACAACUACCAAGAAGUAAAGUUCCAUGCAAGUUUUACAUGGAUGGAAAGUGUUCCAAGGGUGAACACUGUCCAUUCUCCCAUGCUGGAGCACAAAACAAGAAAAAUGAAUUAUGUAAAUUUUAUUUAAACAGUAACUGUGUGAAGGGCGAUCAGUGUUUGUUUCUGCAUGCUAAUUAUCCAUGCAAGUUUUUCCAUACGGGGGCAGAAUGUUAUCAAGGUGAAAACUGUAAAUUUUCACACGAUCCGUUAACAGAUGAGACAAGGCCAUUACUGGAAAAGGUUUUGAAUCACGGACGAGAAAAGAGGUUUGAUAAAAACGAUCUACAAAUGCCCUAUAAUGAAGAGUUUGAGGAAAUGCCACAAGGUGCACAGGAUCAACCACGGCGCACUCUAUUGCCCACUCCAGGUACACCAGGAGGACAGACAGCUAAUACUAGUAUUCCAUCAUUAUUUGAUAUACAUGUUGCUCCUACAGGUCAUCAAGGGCAGAAAAUAUUAGCAAAAGAAACUCAAAAGUUUCAGUUUUACAACGCAGAAGAAUCACCUGAAGUGGAAGGGAGUGUUUCCGAAUCUGAUAGUCAAAGAAUGAUGGAAGACGAUCAACCUCCUUCACAGUCUGCUUUACCGGUGCGAGGAAUGACAACAACCAGUCCUAUGAAAACACCUUCUACAUUCUAUGACAACUUUUACCCUAGUCAACCAGAUUCUGUUGGUGACAGUGACAAUCAGCAAGGUCCAAAAAUAGAAGAUGAAAACAGAGACAGUGAUUCAGCUACCAGUAGUGUAGCUGCUGUUGGUAGUGAUGGUGAAAUAAGGAGAGCCAAUAUACAACCACCUAAAGUUCCAAUGUUUCUAGCACCCAAACAAAGAGAACUGUUCAUGAGAAUUCAACAAAAACAACAGGAGGAUGAGUUAACAACAUCUGAAGAACAGAAACAAGAUGAGAAAGAUGCAGCUGGGGAUGACGAUGAUUGGUACUCGAGUGAUGAUGAAGAUGGUGCUAUGCCUUUGUCUCUCCCAGCUGGGGCAUCUAGUAAUAGCCAACCACUAGCAGCAGUUCUUCAUACAAUCAGACAACAAGUCUCACAGUCGCAAGCGAACACAGCUGCUACUGCUCAAGCUAAUGCCCAAAUGAAUAUUAUAGAUCAACUUUUACUGAGUGCUAGAGGUAGUGGACAAGAUGCAACUCAGCCGAAGAUUGAUCCAACAACAAGAACACUGCACGCAGACCCUAGAGUACAGAAACAAAUUACUGAGGAACCUCCUCCAUUGGUUCAAACUGAAAAAUCUGAACAAUUAAGCACAACCAAUGAUGGAGUAAGAAUAACUGAAUUGAAAUCGCCAACCAACCAACAGCAGACAAUUCCAUUAGAUCCUGUUACUAAGACAAUGCCCAGUGUCAGUGACACCCAUAGGCUUCCACAUGAAGAUCCUAGACUGCACAAGCAGCCAAAAGAUUUCCAGAAUCCUGAUUUACAGUUACUGCAUUGGAAGGAUAUUGAAGAGAGUUUUGAAGUUGAAAAAUUUAAAGCCAAUGCUCCCAAACCACCACCCACGAAAAGACCUAGUGAUCCCAGGCGAAGAAGACAAUCUGAUCGGCCUGCUGACCCGAGAAAGGCUGCCAUUCCCCAACUACUUCCUUUGAAUCCAAGUACUUCAACUCCAUCACUAGGACCACAAUCAUCUUUUGAUCCAAGGAAUUCAGCACCACCACCACUAGGACCGCAGUCAUCUUUUGAUCCAAGGAAUUCAGCACCACCACCACUAGGGCCGCAGUCAUCUUUUGAUCCAAGGAAUUCAGCACCACCACCACUAGGGCCGCAGUCAUCUCUUGAUCCAAGGAAUUCAGCACUGCCACCCCUAGGGCCACAAUCAUCUUUUGAUCCAAGGAAUUCAGCACCACCACCUCUAAGGCCGCAGUCAUCUUUUGAUCCAAGGAUUUCAGCACCACCACCUUUAGGGUCGCAGUCAUCUUUUGAUCCAAGGAUUUCAGCACCACCACCUUUAGGGUCGCAGUCAUCUUUUGAUCCAAGGAAUUUGCCACCACCUCUAAGACCACAAUCAUCUUUUGAUCCAAGGAAUUCUGCACCACCACCACUUAUGCCACAGUCAUCAUUUGAUCCAAGGACUUUGCCACCACAACUAAGACCAUCUUUUGAUCCAAGGAAUUCAGGACCGCCACUUAUGCCUACAUCCUCUUUCGAUCCGAGGAAUUCAGCACCACCACUGAAGGCGGAUUCUUCUUUAUUCCAUACUGCACCACCUCCAGUUGGCCAGUCAUCUUUCGGUCCAAGGAAUUCCACACCGCCACUAAGACCACAAUUAUCUUUUGAUCCAAGAAAUUCAGCACCGCCACUUAUGUCAACAACAUCUUUUGAUCCAAGACAAUCUGCACCACCACAAUUGGCUCAGGGUCAGUCACCUUUUGACCCAAGACAUUCUGCAUCACCACCAAGGAGCCAUACAUUAACAGGAAGCUUUCAAGGGGAACGGUCUGUGGAUCCAAGAUUAGCACGGAGUAUCAGUCAGGAUUCUAAAAUUGCCACACAAAAUAUUUUGGUAGAAGAACCUAAUGCAAGCUCAGGUGUUAGUUACACUCCUGUGAACUUGACUCAAGAUCCUAGGAUACAGAGAUCUAUUUCAGAACCCAGUAACAGAACAGGUCAACAAAACACACAAGUGCAGCCCAAUCCAAAAGCACAAAAACCUGGGGGAAGACUUUCAAAUUAUUCAAUCCCAAAACUGCCAAAGGGUGAGCGUAAAACACAACCUCCAGAGGCAAACACACGCCUUAGGACAGAUUCUAAAUCACAAAUAAUAAACGAGUCACAAUCACCAAAAAAUUUUCCAGACAUUGGUGAUCAGUCUGACAAUAGUCAAGGACUGCAGACAAAUGCUUUGAUUAGUCAUCCUGUUCGUGCUUAUCACAGACUACCACAGGUAAGCUCAUUUACACAAGGUUCAAAGAUAAGGCCGAAAAGUCGACAUCAGCAAGGUCAAGUGUUGAACCAAGAUCCUAGAAAUAGAAAUCCAGCUGGAAAUCCUAAUCAGCAACAUUUUCAAGAUUCACAAAAUAAGAAUCAAUUUGAUCGUGGUGAAGGAAGCCCUAGCCAACCACAGUUUCCAAAUCAAAGAAAUAGAAAUCAAUUUGAUCAUGGUGGAGGAAGCCCUGGCCAGCAGCAGUUUCAAGGUACCCAAAGUCUGAAUCCUGUUAAUCGUAGAGGGGCUAGCCAAUCAUCGAUUACCAACCAAGAUCCACGGAAGAGGUUUGUAGCAGGUAAUCAACAAUUACAACAAAAUACUAACAGUCCAACUGAAACAAAUGAUCCUUCUGAUCCUGAUGCAACAUUAAAGGAUGUUUUCAAAACUAUUGAUCCAACUGCUUCCCCAUUCUGUUAAAAAUAACAUUCUCCAACACUUGAAGUUUGUUGGACAGUGAACGAAUAACUGCCAUUAGCAACUCAAUACAUACUUCAUGAAAGUGAGAUUGAUAUUAUACAUGUGUGGUAUAUCAUCAUUGAUGGUCAAAGCCUGUAAUAGUUAUUUUAAUUGGUACAUUGUAUUAAUAUUAUUGUAAGUUAAUUUUGUGAUUACAUUAGAGCUGUGUACAUAGCUAUUUAUUAUAUUACUUUAGGCUUUAUAUAUAUAUGUUCAAUGUACAAUGUAUUACAUAUUUAAAUUAUUAUAUUUUGAAUACCUUUAUGUAUGCUUGAAUAUUUCCGUCCCCUUAACAGCUCUAUAUUCUGAUUUGGGGGAAAUCCGCUCACUCAACACACUGUACAUCAGUAUAUGAAUCCAGAGUGGCUAGACCCUGAGAAACUAUUUCAAUUGUAGGUUUAUCACAGUUUAUUCUACAUGUUGGCCUUAAUUUUGAUAUUGUGUUCCCAAUGUGGUCAAUUAAUUUAACUAUAAUGCACAAUGUGCGUACAGGAUAUGAAAGAGAAUUCUGAAUGAUCGGCUGAAAUCUUUGAUUCUAAAUCAUUUUGUUUCAAAAUUCCUAAAUAUUGAAUUUGUAAAAUUCAUAGAAAAAGUCUAGAUGUUAGACUCUGUAAGGUUGUGGGCUAAUCAGAAAUACAAAUAGAUUUUUGCUGUGGUGAUACUAUAUACAAUGAACUUUGUUCUCUGCAACUAUUACAACUAAGUUUGUGAUGCAGAAAUUUCUAAACUCAUUAAAAUGUAUAUUUUGUAUAUUUCUAUAUGUGCUUAUUAACCAUAAUGUUUUUUUAAUUUCAAAAUAUACUGUUCCCACAUUGUCAGUUAGUGCUGAAUUUGUGCAGAGGUUAUAGAUAUUUCUAUAGCUGUUCAAACAAAAAUGUCUUGAAUGUCAAUACACUUUACUUUGCAAACCUACAAAUGUGAUUGUGAGAUUAGCAGCAUUGUAUAUUUAUUAUUGACUUAGAAACAGAACAUUCCAACCACUCUAGUCAUAAUUUUAGUUUAUAUAUCAGUUCAGAUGAUGUCAUAUAUCAGCUGAAUUAGAGUUGACAUUCAUAUUGUAAAAUGUGUUGGGGCAACACAAAAUCAAUGUUUUUGUGAAAUCAGUGACAACUUCUACCAGACAUUAUAGUUUUUAGAAGUGCAUUUGUUUAAAUCAAUAUUAUUGACCACAAGGGACAUAAAUUCACAGGAUUCUGAGACAUCUGGCUUUUUAAUACCUGAUUUGGUCAGCUGUGUCCAACAUACUUUGCUUGCAAACCUGCUAACAAAAUUUACUCAAAAUUAAUGUAAAUAUUCUAACAUAUAUUGUGUGCAUGUGUGUGUGUUUUGUGCCUGUAUUUUCUGUUGUAUAUAAGUAUUUUAGGCUGAACAAUAAAUACAUGUGCCAAUUUACUAUAU